CAGUGGAAGUGAGAGGACGGCCAAAGUUUGCUCUGGCACCGUGGUGCUUCUAUGCCAUGAAAUUCCGUUUUUAUAGUGUUUUGUGAGGGAAUGAAAAAUUCCAGGUGGAUGUCUUGCGCAUCACCUCUGAUUAAGUGAAAUAGCUACAUGAAAAGUGUCUGGAUUUUGCGUUAUUAACCGGGAAUUUUGGAAGCGUGUUGAGAGAUCGAGGCGCGUCUUCCACUCAUCCACACGAGCUCUGGAAGAUCAUCGUCUGGUAUCAUUUCACCGACGACAUCCAGCCAUGGAGUAACGACUGAGAAGGGUGGACUUUUAUUUUUUGUUUCGUUUGCCCGUUAUUUUCAUUUGAUAAUAUCGUAAAAAACUGCAUACUUCACCAUGGCUUGGGUGUGCGGCUCGCGUCCCAGUGGAUUGUUUCUGUGGACGACUAAUGCUGUGCUAUUAGUGCUUUGUAUGGUACAGCUUCCUCGUGCCGUGCAAAGUGACGAACAGUUCCCCGGGAGCAACGGCUAUGUGGAAGUUCCCUGUUGCACUCAUCACUUCAGACAUUAUAAAGAUCAUGUGCGGGAGUUCACGUGCGGCCGUCUGUACUACCGGACUUUCCACAUGGACGAGGCCAGGGAUAUGCUCUAUGUGGGCGCCAUGGAUAAAGUUAUUCGAGUUAACAUGAACAACGUCAGCCAGACGAACUGCGAGACGGACUCAAUGCUGCUGGAGCCGACGAGCGUGUCGAGCUGCGUGUCGCGGGGGAAGUCCGAGCACUUCGACUGCCGGAACCACAUCCGCGUGAUCCAGCCCAUGUCCAAGAACCGCCUGUAUAUAUGCGGCACCAACGCCCACAACCCGAAGGACUGGGUUAUCUAUGCCAACAUGACGCACCUGGCGCGGCACGAGCACGUGCCCGGCAUCGGAUCGGGUGUGGCCAAGUGCCCCUUCGACCCCGCCGACAACAGCACGGCCGUGUGGGUGGAGCACGGCAACCCCGGGGGCCUGCCCGGUCUGUACUCGGGCACCGUGGCCGAGUUCACCAAGGCGGACACGGUCAUCUUCCGGGCUGACCUCUACAACUUCACCACUAAGCGGCGCGAGUACCCGUUCAAGAGGACCAUUAAGUACGACUCCAAGUGGCUGGACAAGCCCAACUUCGUCGGAUCGUACGAGGUGGGCGAGUAUGUGAUGUUCUUCUUCCGCGAGACGGCCGUCGAGUACAUCAACUGCGGCAAGAACGUCUACUCGCGCGUGGCCCGCGUGUGCAAGAAGGACACGGGCGGCAAGAACAUCCUUGUGCAGAACUGGGCGACGUACCUCAAGGCCAGGCUCAACUGCUCCAUCCCGGGAGAGUUCCCCUUCUACUUCAACGAGAUCCAGUCCGUGUACAAGAUCCCCGGCGACGAUUCCCGCUUCUACGCCGUCUUCACCACGAGCAUGAACGGCCUCAUGGGGUCGGCCAUCUGCACCUUCAGCCUGGACGACAUCCAAGACGCGUUUCUGGGGCGCUUCAAGGAGCAGGCCACGUCGUCGUCCGCCUGGCUGCCGGUUCUCACGUCCAAGGUGCCCGAGCCCAGGCCGGGCCAGUGCGUCAACGACACGCAGACUCUUCCAGACAACGUGCUGACAUUCCUCCAGUCGCAUCCCCUGAUGGACGAAGCAGUGGCUCAUGAACACAACAAACCAGUGUUCUUCAAGCGUGAUCUUAUCUUCACACACCUGGUGGUAGAUAAGGUUACUGGAGGCACUUAUGGUCAAGAGAACACUUAUACCGUUUAUUAUGCUGGUUCAUUGGAAGGCCGCGUCUACAAGGUGGUUGAGUGGUUGGAUUCAGAUGGAGUUUCUCAUUCUGAACUUCUUGACGUGUAUGAAGUUACAACUCCAGAACCCAUUAGAGCUAUCCAAAUAUCCAAGAAGCACAAGUCACUGUAUGUCUCAUCGGAUACACGUGUGCGCCAAGUGGAUCUCUACAUGUGUAAGGGGAGAUAUGACAACUGCCUUCGCUGCUCACAUGACCCAUACUGUGGAUGGGACAAGGAUGCUAAUACCUGCAAGCCUUAUGAACCAGGACUUUUGCAGGAUGUCAUGGGAACAACCCCUGGUCUCUGUGAUGCGUGCAUUGCAAAGAAGAAAAUGGUAGUGACCUGGGGGCAGAGUAUCCAUUUAGGCUGUGCAGUGAAACUUCCCCGUCCGAUCUCCCUCAAGGAUAUUACCUGGCAUCACUAUUCUAAGGAUAAGGGCAAAUACCAGAUUAGAUACAGGCCAGACAAAUAUAUUGAGACUUCAGAACAUGGCUUGGUGGUGAUGAAUGUAAAUGAAGCUGAUGCUGGUCGUUAUGACUGCAAGAUGGGAGGAGAUAUUGUCUGCUCAUACAACAUUACUGUUGAUGCACACCGCUGCUCUGCACCUGCUCGCACUAAUGAUUUCCAGAAGGUGUAUAGUGACUGGUGCCAUGAAUUUGAGAAAUAUAAGCUAGCCAUGAAGACGUGGGAAAGGAAGCAAGCGCAAUGUGCCAAUAGGAAUAACAUCAGCCAGCAGAACAGCCAUCCCAAUGACAUUUAUCAGAGGAGCAAUCCAUUCGUCUGAUUACACCAAGAAAGUAUAACUAUUGUCAAGGAGUAGAAGGGUCAGGAAUUCUCCUUCCUCUAGAUGGUCUAGAAUUUGCCUGGUAUUUUUAGUUCAGCUACUUAAAUUAUUACUACAUACUGGAAACAUGUUUUGUGUUGACAAUCACCAUCUUCAGUGACAAGUGACUUACUUUACAACAAGUGAAUUCAUUAUCUCUAUCAAAGAGAAUACUGCCAAAAACAGGCAUGUAAUAGUACUGAAAAUUCUCAUUUUUAUUUUUUACCAAUUGUUUCUUAUUUCCACAUUAAGAUCGUAUGAAAUGUUAAUGUAAUCAAUCAUGGUGCCACCAAAAAAAUGGGUGCUAGCAAGAACUGGUGCCAUGUGCACAGAAAAUGAUCUCUUACAGUAUAUCUUAUGCUAAAGUUCUGACAGGCAACUUGACCCAAACUCCAGUAACAAUCAGGGUACCAUAAGCUAUUGACUAAUUCAUUUUAAUUUACCAAUCUUGGUAAAAUCUUUUAACUGUGAAGGAGUUCAUUAGGAUCUAGUUCUUGCUCCUGGACAAUCGCCUGUGGGCAUUAUUGCUUCUGCAUUCAAAGAGCUUCAGUGAGCAGUGGAUCUUAGAACUUCAAAUUUUUUUAGUUACAAAGUGUAUGAAAUGAGCUGAGAUGUGAAGUGAGAGAGAUUGAACCAUGAGAUAUGGACUUCCAAACAUAUCCUUAGAGGAGGCCACAGUCCCCUAUUCUUUGAGUGUGGCAAGGACACGCUUGCUAAGAAACAAGGACUCUCCAAGACUUGAAGGAAUGGUGCAUUUACAUUGCGAAAAAGGUUCCUGGUAGACUCUUAGAGUGGUGCAGUUUGCGAAGGAAAGAGGUUAUUAUUUAUUUUCACUGUGUGUGUGUGAAAUCCAAAAAGAGUAAAUAUUUUGAU